AUGGAACAACACAGCAGACGUGUGCCAGCUGCUCCCGUUUCACUUCUGGGGCAGAGGGUUCUGUGUCUGCGAAACACAGAGCGAGAAAACACUCACUCAACUUCUCUUUGCUUCUCUCUGAUCCCUUUGAACCUCCAUUGCCAUUCAUCUUCUCUUGCACCUCUUUUGUUUUUUUCUUCCUCUCAGAAUGGCACACAUGCAACUUCUCAUAGAUCUCUUCUUCUGGUAUCUCUCUACCCUGUCAAUUACCUUUAUUGGAUCCACUACUCUAUUGGGUUACUGCAGAAUAGCUUUGAUUCACGGGAGUUGAUGGAGUGGAGCAGUAAGGGUGAUCAAAAUUGGUCAUGGAAAGGCACGGUCGAUGGUGUAGCUGUAGAUAAUGCACUUAGUGGAAGCUCUAGGCAUGCUAAUGGUCAUGCUAAUAAUGAACCUGGAAUAGCCUAUCAGUCUAUUGGACUUCCCAGAAGUAUAGAUAGCAAUUCAAAUGUGCUUCCUGAUGAUGAUGACUUGGACAAACAUCAACGAGAGUCAUUUUCGUUUACCGGAUUGGAAAAUGUUUCGUAUGGGUCGAGUGCAGAUGAUAUCAAUGAUGGGAUUCCUCGCCUUUCCAGGGCUCUAUCGCAUAAAUCUAAGUCCAAGCAAGCAGCUGUUAAGUUGAGUUACCUUACUCCUGUUUGCUCAUUUUAUUUCUUGUGGGUUGGAUUGGCUUAUGUUGUAUUUGGAAGUGCUUAUAAUCAUUAUGCUGCGAAGAUGCCCCUGGCUGAAUGUUUCUUUGAGCAAGAUCAGGCAGGAUUGCGAUCUUCCAUGUGCAAUUGUAGGAUUGUUGGUCCAGAGCAAGUGAAAAAGACCGUUGUGUUUGUAUGA